AUGGAAAGCAAGGAGGACGAUGAUCCAUCGAAAAUCGCGGAUCAGACCAAGGUGGUGGCCCUGUAUGACUUCGAUCCUUCGAAGAUCGACUGGCCCUUCAAUCGCCAGAAGCCUCUGGCCUUGAGCACCGGUCAAGUUGUAGAGAUCGUCCACGAUGAUGGCUCGGAGUGGGCACUUGGCCAUCUCAAGGGAGUUCCUGAAACCCUUGGCUACUUUCCGAAGAAUUACACGGUCUCCGUGGGAGAGUACCAAGAAAUGAUGAGGGACUUCGAGAACCAGGAGCAGCAUCAUGGCGACGAUGAGGUGGAAGAAGAACCCGGACCUCCAGCUACCCGAGCCAUCCCAGCCGGUCCCCUUCCUGCACCGCUGGUAGAGCAGCAGGCCCAGGUCUACUAUGACGAGAUGAAGGACAAACCCAAACAAGGCAAGGAUGCCAAGCAAGAGACGCAGCUUCCCGAGCUGGUCUACCCAGGCAUUUCCGAGUAUCCUGCGAUCGAAGCCCGGCCGCCCCAGGUGACGGCUUUCGAGGUUACGAAGUCGAGGAUGCUUCGGGAGAUGCCUCCCGUGCCAGAUCCAGCUCCCGAGGAGCCUGCGCCGCCGGAAGACGACAUCGUGGCUGCACGCUGGCAGGUGGAGGCUGAGCUCAAGGCCAAGGAGGACAUCAUGGACAUUAAGGGUGGAGUGAUCACGUAUAGCCGCAGCUCCACGCCUGCCACCAUGGCCGCCUCGAGACCUGAGCGGGACUUUGUGAGAAAACGGCCCUCUCUGCAUAAUGUGCGGCAAGAGCACCUGCGGGGAGUCACGCAGCUCAUGGAUGUCGUAGAUACCCACGCACGUGUGGCCUGGGAGCUGAAGCAGCAGCCUUACAAGACAGAUCUCCGGGCUCGGCACACCACGCUCCGUGUGGCCGCUGGUAUCGAUCCGGGGAUUAUGCGCUUCGCCUUGUCUCGUGCAAACGAGACCGGUGCCAAGUGGAAGCAGAUGUUCAGACCUGGCUUCAACGACGUGGUCAACGAGUCCUUUAAGGUGGGCUGCAACUCCUGCAUCCUCAGCCAGCUCUACCUCCGCGACAAAGAAGCGAAGGAGCAGUUCCAGAAGCUGCACGUGAAAGAUGUAAACGGCGUGGUUUGGUUCGAGCUCCAGCGGAAAAAGGCACACCUCUUUUACAUGCGCAUGGACUUCACAGAUGUGAUGAUGGCCCACCCAGAUGCUUGGGGCUUCCCUGAUAUCAGCCGGGUUGUGGCCGCAAAUCCGGGCGAGCCGGUGAACCCCUUCCAUGGCUGGUAUGCUCAGCACUCCAUCAAUCCAGAGGCAGAGUUGGAGGAUGUGGAGUUUCGCUACACCUUGCGGUUGCGGAGCUUCCCAGAGACGACCUUCCAGGCGCUGGCUUUGGGGAAGGUCCCGGAGUGGAUCAAGCCUUACCUGGCACUGCACGCGGAGGCCGAAGCUCCGGAUGAUUUAGCCAUUUCGGAGGAUGAAGAGGCUGGUCCUGCCGACGCUGGCAAAGCGAUUGAGCUGGAGAACAACCUCAUGAUGGAGGCGGGCCUGGAGGAUGGUGACAACCUCUACGUGAAGCUGGACGAGCU